GCCUCUCCACCUCCACCCCAACAACGCCUUCCCUGCCCACAGCACAGCAGCACGCACACUCGCAGCCUCGUAGCUUCAAGCCACACCGCGCAACCACUAACGAGGAGUGGCCGCGCACCGCCUUCCUCGUCUGUGCUUCCCAAACUGCCCGCACCUCCCCUUUCAAGCGCGCUGAUUGUUGCGCCAUGGGCGGGUCUCGGCGGAGAUUGAAGCGGGGAAAGGCGCCAGUGCGCGUGCGACUUCCCAAGAUCAAGAAACCCGCUCCGGCCCCAGUGAAGUUACCGGACGGACGAGUCAUCGAGUGGAAUCGCGACGCGUCGCUGCGCAAGAACUACCGCAGCGCGGGCCUCGUGGUGGACCCCUUCGAGAUCAAGCCGCGCGCCAAGACCAAUGCCAGCUCGCGCGGCGUGUUUCUCGAGCAGGGCGCCGCGCACGACGGCGACGAGAGAGAGGACGGCGCCGCGGCCGCCGCCGGCGGUGAUUUGGCGGGGGAAGGAGGGGGCGCGGAUGCGGCUGACGGGGGAGGAAGCGGAGGCGAAGGAGAGGGGCACCUGUCGCAUGAGCUGCUGGCGACGCUGGGCGUGGUGAAGCGGCAUCCCGACGCGCCUCCACCGCGCCUUACACGCGUGCAGCGCACCGUGGUGGGGCGCCUGCUGGCCGUGCAUGACACCGACUACAAGGCCAUGGCGCGGGACAUCAAGCGCAACCGCAUGCAGCACUCGCCCGCACAGCUGCGGCUGCUGUGUGAGCGGUACCUGGCACAUGAGAAGACCCUGCCCGACCCUCACUAGUGCAGCUCUCAUCUGACCAUGGCGCCUGCAGCUGCUGAGGCUGCUCCACAGCCCCACCCCGCAUGGCUUUACUUUCUUCAAAUAAAGUAUCGAAUGGAUG